AUGUCGGCUGACCUACAGUGGAUGAUUUUGAGGAAUAACUCCUGCUUCCUUCUGAGGAAUCAAGGAACAACUUUUACAAAGGUUAGUUAACCCGUGUUUAGUUUGUCAGAGUAUUGCCUUCUCUGAUGACCCAGAGCUCUUGGAAUGAUAGGGUAGCACAUCUCGUUACUUGUAGUUGCUUUUUGUAACCCAAGAUGUCUACUCGGCAAGUAAGAGUCCAUGAUAGUGAGAUAUAAGAAGAAUAUCCACGGAUAACAUGUGCGUUGAUCAAGUCAGCAUGCUGAAAUGUGAUAUUUGAUGUCUGUGGUCAUGAGAGUAAAAAAUUUAAUGAGAACAAAGAAAGUGCAAAAAGCAUCUUUAAGUCAACACCUGAUAACAAGUAAAGUCAGACUGUAAUAUUUAUCACUAUUGAAGAGAGUUGGUAAUUUUUGCUGGGUAUUGAGCUGCCAUCCAUAUUAUUGAGAUCUUUGUAAUGACCAGAUGUCUUCUAGGUGGGAGUUGGCUGUACUAGUUGGCUGGGGCAAAAUCUUGUCUCUCAUUUAAUCUAAUUUUGUUAUUUUUACCUUCCCUUUGUAGGGGACAAAUUUUUUUUGUUACCUUGUUGCCUUGUUGAUUCAUGUUGUAAUGUAACUGACACUACACUUUAGUAGAUGUCCAGCAGGAGUAGUAUAACAUGACAAAAUUUUUUCAUCUCUUUCAGGAACCUCUGAACCUCGCUGGAAGGCAUUCAUUUAAGCACAGUGGAUUGGUGAACAAGAAGGUAUAAAGGGUUGUUGUAUCAGUUUAGUCAUUAGGGACCUUAAGCAUCGACAAUGAAACGGAGGACGAUGACUUUUUGCAACCAAGGCAGACUAGACCAAGGGUUUCGUUUUCGGCAGGGAAAAUGAAGUUUAAGCAGUGCAGCUUCCCAGACAGACGAUGACUUUUUCUUAGCGAAGAAGUUUGUCUUGCUAUAGUCUUUGUUAUGGCAUUCAAAGACCUUUGUAAUUUACAUCUUAUAAGCUAUGACGAUUAAUUGACGGUGGCAAAUUUAUUUCUCUUUACGACCCAUAAUUUGAUUGUGGAGGCUUUCUCUUUGUUGUGCAGCUUUUCUUUUUGUUUUUGUUUGAAGUUAAAAAUGAAUACCGAUCUCGAACAGCUCUUGACUUGCAGUCACACUAAAUUUCGGCUACCGAAGAGAAUUCAGUGCUGCUACAAUGUUCUCCUGUAAUUGUAAUCUCUCAAGGCUCCUCAUGACCACGUACAUCCUGUUCUGGAGUCCCCUGGAAAUAGUUACCGGUACCUUUACUAGCAGCUAAAAACAACAUGGGAAAAUAUUAAAUUUUAGUACGAAAAAAAUGAACAUUUAUCCUACAGUACAAACUAAAAUGCAUGAGUAAACGUAGACAGUCAAGGAACGAACAGCAUCUAAUCUCACGGCAGGUUCGGAAGAUAGCGGAGGAAAGCUUACUUGUCUUUAAUUUCUGGCCAGCUGUUGUGCCACCUCUCAAGUUUUCAAACAAACUGAACCUGAAAAAUAAAUUCAAGUAUUUCUACUUGUUCUUAAUGACAAGGUGGAAAAAGAGUGAUUUACUCGCGCAAAAAGUAUAUUUUUAUACUUAUGUUUUAGUGACAAUGGCAAACCUCCCCGAAUUUCGUGGUCAACGAAGGUUGGACGACGUUUUGACAACCUGACGCAUGCCGAGAAGGUUCAUGUGGGAAAAUUACACUUCCGGUCGGCGUCCCAUUUCGUUGUCGAUGCUUAAGGUCCCUAUUGUUUAUUCCAGUUAUUUUGAGUAUUGGCGCUCAGGUUCCUAAAUAUUUUGAUGGCCUGUUGUGCUAUUUAUUUCUUUCUAUGUUUCUGUCCUGUCUACAGGCAAUUGGAGUUACAGCCGAUCCCAAGGGCAAGGGUGUAGUCCUCACCACAAAAAAGACAAAGUGUAAGUUUUUCAUGUAUAAAACUACAGUGCAAGUAUAGCAAGUGAAGCUCUCUGUUACUAGGUUUGAAUUCUGAGCACUAUGCUUAAGCUUUGUAGUCCUUCAUAAGUAAACACUUUCAAGUUUGGUUGAAGUUGAACAAAUUUAUAUGUGUAUAUACAGGGUAUAUACAGGGCUUGAAGCUUAAUAAUCAGAAGCACACUGUGGUUUUUAAUAGUAGAUUUAAUUUCAUUGUUAUCUUGCAGAUGCAAACAAGCCACCCAAGAAUCUUACUAAGGUGACCCUUGCUAGCGACUCCCGUCGCACUGUCAAGACCAUCAAGAACCUGUGUGGUAAGAACUUCUACCGACGAGAUUUGGAAGAUGCAGCAGUCAGAAGGGCAUGUGCUAUCCUCCGCAGCCAGAGGACCACCACUGGUGUUCAGAAGAAGAGAACACGCAGAAAGCGCAACUAA